GUCCCCAAACCUAAUUUCCCCCAAAUCAAUGAGUGAGAGCAGUAGGAGAGAAAUCCCAUCCAGUCGCUCGAAUAAACUCCCAAACCGACCUCCUUCCUCACCACCGGCAUCCCGUACAUCGCCAUGGUUCUUAGAGCAACACCGGAGUUUUGGAACCCCUCCCCAGCGCCCCAUUCCAUCCCGCACAUCGCCUCUCCAACUCCACGCGAUACAAAGCAGUGGGAAUAGAAAGGGAACUCGACAUGUUCAUGUGCUUUGAUAGGUUUCAAACAUUGACCGAGGAGGAGAUCGACGUGUAUAGUUUUCAAAUCUUGUCCUAGGCUCGUUCUAGAAGUAAAGGAACUCGAUCCCUUCGAAUUAAAUUGGUUGUUUUGUUGAUUUUUUGUGAGAGUGCAAUUCUGGGUUUUUAGCGACGAUAUUUACAGAUGUUUAGUGACAUAUUUGGGUAGUCAAUAUACCUACAGUGAAUUUCCAAAAACGUUAUUUAAGAUGGUUAAAUUGUUUCGAGCCAUUGAAAGUGUUUUUUAUGGAUUUAACAAUUUUAUAAAUAGAAGAAGGUCCAGG